AUGGUCGAUGCCUCAGACAUAGCCAUCGGCGCCGUGUUGCAACAGCUGAACGACGGCACAUGGCACCCAACUGCAUUCUUCUCGAAGAAGCUGACGCCUACUGAGCGCCGCUACAGCACCUUCGGGCGCGAACUGCUAGCCGUCUACUCAAACGGUGGCACGCACACGGCCCGUGAACUUCGGCAACUGGCAUACAUAUCCGAGUUCACGACAGACAUCCGCCACGUAAAAGGGAGCGACAACGUCGUUGCUGACGCCCUGUCGCGGAGCGCUAUAAAUUUCGUCAACGAUCCAGAAGGAGUUAACUUCGACGCGCUGGCGGCAGCCCAAAGAGACGACGAAGAGCUAAAAAGCCUCCUAACAACAAAAACGGCCCUCAAACUACAAACAACUGCCUACCACCCGAUUCGCAACGGCAUGGUGGAGCGUUUCCACCGCCAGCUCAAGUCGGCGCUCGCCGCAACAGAAGAGCGCAACUGGAUGGAGGCACUGCCACUCAUUCUCUUGGGAAUACGGACAGCUGUCAAGACAGACAUCGGCUGCAGCGCGGCCGAACUGGUGUACGGAACGACUCUGUGCCUUCCAGGAGAAUUCUUCACUGGCAGUCCGCAAGACGGCU